GUUGAAGGUGUUAUGACAAAACAAGAAAUACACAUGGAUAUCCCGGAAGUUAGCGAAGAAAUACUAAGCGAAGAUCCAUCUGUGCUUCCACAAACUUAUAUCGUUAUCCAACUAAACCCGGAAAUUUCUGCAAAAACACUUCAAUGGAUUAUUGAAAAAAUUAAAGGGCGAAGAAGAAAUGGUGGAGGAGAACUUAUAGUAUUUAGGCAACCAUAUAUUAAAGAGGAACCAAUUUAUCUUCAUGUUUCUGCGUCAAAAAUAAAAUUUUUGGAAUGUGCCGAAGAAAUGGAAUUAGUAAAAAUGGAUAUUCACGGUCAAAUGAGGGAAUUUACCGUUGGCGAAUUAGACGAUUUUCUUUCAGAGGGAAUGCACGUUGACGAUUUACUCACCACGGCUGAAAAACAAACAAUCGUAAGAAACGAAUUGGAAAAUAUUAGGGCUUUACUCGAAGAUCACCACGUCCCCGGUUUCAACAUGGUUACUCUCUAUGAAGGACAAUCGAUUUUACAAGUUUGUAUGGAAGCCAAUAUAGUAUUAAAAAUGUAUCCAUUACACGAAGCGGAAACUUUAAAGAAACUCGGAAGGAAAUGGUAUUUGUCUGUUUUUAGAAAACAACCAUUUGUGUUUUUCGACACAAAAUCUUGUUUAUCUCAAGAACGGUUCCUCAUACAACUUUGA